AUGGCAAUUGUAAAAUUGAUAAGGAUGGAAGUAAAGUAUGUUACUGCAGUGAUGGCUUCAUUGAACUCCACGGAAAGUGCGUGGCUUGCGAUUGUGGAGAAUAUGGCAAUUGUAAAAUUGAUAAGGAUGGAAGUAAAGUAUGUUACUGCAAUGAUGGCUUCAUUGAACAUUGAACUCCACGGAAAGUGCGUGGCUUGCGAUUGUGGAGAAUAUGGCAAUUGUAAAAUUGAUAAGGAUGGAAGUAAAGUAUGUUACUGCAAUGAUGGCUUCAUUGAACUCCACGGAAAGUGCAUAGACUACGCGCAGCAUAAUUUUGUUUUACUACAAGUAAAUAAUAUUGCACGAUUUUUGAAAGAAUGUGUUUUAUUGCUUGCGAUUGUGGAGAAUAUGGCAAUUGUAAAAUUGAUAAGGAUGGAAGUAAAGUAUGUUACUACUGCAAUGAUGGCUUCAUUGAACUCCACGGAAAGUGCGUGGCUUGCGAUUGUGGAGAAUAUGGCAAUUGUAAAAUUGAUAAGGAUGGAAGUAAAGUAUGUUACUGCAAUGAUGGCUUCAUUGAACUCCACGGAAAGUGCGUGGCUUGCGAUUGUGGAGAAUAUGGCAAUUGUAAAAUUGAUAAGGAUGGAAGUAAAGUAUGUUACUGCAAUGAUGGCUUCAUUGAACUCCACGGAAAGUGCGUGGCUUGCGAUUGUGGAGAAUAUGGCAAUUGUAAAAUUGAUAAGGAUGGAAGUAAAGUAUGUUACUGCAAUGAUGGCUUCAUUGAACUCCACGGAAAGUGCGUGGCUUGCGAUUGUGGAGAAUAUGGCAAUUGUAAAAAUUGAUAAGGAUGGAAGUAAAGUAUGUUACUGCAAUGAUGGCUUCAUUGAACUCCACGGAAAGUGCGUGGCUUGCGAUUGUGGAGAAUAUGGCAAUUGUAAAAUUGAUAAGGAUGGAAGUAAAGUAUGUUACUGCAAUGAUGGCUUCAUUGAACUCCACGGAAAGUGCGUGGCUUGCGAUUGUGGAGAAUAUGGCAAUUGUAAAAUUGAUAAGGAUGGAAGUAAGUAUGUUACUGCAAUGAUGGCUUCAUUGAACUCACCGGAAAGUGCGUGGCUUGCGAUUGUGGAGAAUAUGACAAUUGUAAAAUUGAUAAGGAUGGAAGUAAAGUAUGUUACUGCAAUGAUGGCUUCAUUGAACUCCACGGAAAGUGCGUGGCUUGCGAUUGUGGAGAAUAUGGCAAUUGUAAAAUUGAUAAGGAUGGAAGUAAAGUAUGUUACUGCAAUGAUGGCUUCAUUGAACUCCACGGAAAGUGCGUGGCUUGCGAUUGUGGAGAAUAUGGCAAUUGUAAAAUUGAUAAGGAUGGAAGUAAAGUAUGUUACUGCAAUGAUGGCUUCAUUGAACUCCACGGAAAGUGCGUGGGUAAGUUGA